GCUACUGUCGGGCGUGGGACGCGGCGCCUGGGAGAGCCAGCCUGCGGAGCUGCGCGAGGCCGGUGUUUCGGGCUCCCUGGAGGGCCGUCUGCGCCCCGAUGUGGUUCUUGGAAAAGAUGCGGGCGUCCCCAGGAGAGGCUGGCCUACUGGCCCCCUUGUUCCUGGCUGUGCCCCCCGAGAAGGGCCAGCUGGGUGCCACCGCCGCCUUCUUCCCCAACAUCCUAACCCCAGACCGCAUCCCUGAAUUUUGCAUCCCUCCACGGCUGGCCAGCCCUCCGCCGGCGAAGAGCCCGGGCCCGGCCUUCCAGCCCCACCGCAGCCUGACCGAGCCAGGCUUGCAGGAGGCCGCCUCCCCUGGACUUGCAGACCGCGGCCCCCGCCCCUUCCCACCCCACCUCAUCCAGGUGGAAAGCGUGGAGGAGCUCUUAGAGCUGGACCCAGGCGGCACCAACUCGGAUCCUCGGUCGCAGGCUGCCCUAUCUCUGCCCCACAUCCCCAAAGCCCAGACCUCCUACGGGUUCUGCAUGCUGCUGGAGAGCCCCCACACCCGCAGGAAGGAGUCCAUCUUCCACAGUGAGGCCUUGGGCGGCUCCCUGGCCUUGCCCCGGUCCCGAGCCAGCAGCUGCAGCAGCAGGGAGCCGGCCUCCAGCCCGGUGGCCAUCCGACAGCGUUUCUUCUCUGGCCGGCAAGGCGCCUGGGACAGCGACACGGCUUCCUCCGGCGAGUCCUCUCCCUUCGGCUCCCCCCUCCUGGGCAGGUCCCCGGCCCGGCCGGGCUCCCUGUUCAAAGCCCGCAGCCAGGAGCGGCUGCUGUGCAAGGCCUGGAAGCCCCGCAGGCUGUCCGGCGUGGCGAGGGCCAGCUCUUUGUCGACGGACGAGGGCAGUUCCACGGACAGCAGCCCCGGUUCCACCCGGCGCUCUUCCGAGAGCCUGCUGCCCCCCGCGGCCUCCUCCGGUGCCUGCAGCUUCCGCCCCCUGCCCGUCUUCCCGCUGGACUUGCCCUGUGGCCUGGACCGGCUGGGCAGGGAGGCCACCGUCUUGAUGGACAAGGGGGGGCUGCUCCGGCUCUCCUCUGAGCACUGCCCCGAGAACCGGCGCGUCCGUAUCCGCCUGAUCAGCGUGGAGGGCCUGUACGAGGAGGCCUCCGUGGAGCCCCGGAGCAUCAACUGCUGCAUCACCUUCUCACUUCUGCCCGGCAAAGUCCAGAAGCAGCGGAGCACUGUCAUCAAGCGGAGCCGCAACCCCAUCUUCAACGAGGACUUCUUCUUUGUCGGCGUUUCCGAGGACCACCUCCGCCACCUCUCCGUCAGAAUGAAGGCCUUGAACAAAGGGGGGAACAUGAAGAGGGACCUGGUGCUGGGGGAGAGCGAAGUGCCUUUGAUGCAGAUUUUAGCUGCGUGAAACUCACGGUGACCCGGUGGAGCUUUAUUUAUUUAUUUAUUUGGCAUGAUGUGUCUGUG